AUGUUUACUGUGCGACCCGCGGAGACCCUUCCCAAAAUAAUUCAGUCCGAGGAGCCGUUGGGCCGAGUCCAGGUUUAUUGGGAUCUGCGGGCAACUCGAGCGGGAGAGGGAAGAGCUGCACCCAGCAGCUGCCGGAGAGGUUCUUCAACAUCUUCAGUUAAAGAAAUGGUUUUGAAGAAUGAUCAGAAUAAUGGAGAUAUGAAACCAGUCCAGAAUUUCACAACAAUACCAAUCACACAGGCUCUCAACUACAAUCUGAGCAAAGAAGGGCAUUUAGAAAAAGAACCUUGGAAUGCAUUCAGCCAUCAUGGCCCAGAUGUCUCCAUCGAUGGAAUGCCUUGCAUUCUCUUCUGGGCCAAAAGAAUCACGAUUAAAUUCAGGAAUCAAACCUGGCUGGACCUUACAGGCGAGGCGUUUGGUCAGAAGGCAACAGUGGACCCUGACAACUCAAAUUGCAGUGAAGAAAGUGCUAGGUUGUCUUUGAAGCUUGGUGAUGCUGAAAACCCCAGAAGUCUUGCUAUAAGAUUCAUCCUUACCAAUUACAACAAGUUGUCCAUCCAGAGUUGGUUUAGUUUGCGCCAAGUCGAGAUCGUUUCCAACAAUUCAAUCCAAGCAGUCUUUAACCCAGCUGGCAUAUAUGCUCCAUCCGGUUACUCCUACCGCUGCCAACGCGUGGGCAGCCUGCAGCGGGACCAUGUCCUCUUGCUGCCCGGCGACACGGAUGACGGGUCGAGCCUGUGGGAGGUCACUUUUAUUGAUUUCCAGAUCCAAGGUUUUGCCAUUAAGGGGGGACGAUUUACCAAGGCCCGAGACUGCGCCUCCUCCUCCUCACCUGCUAUUCUGAUCGGCCUGGCAAUGUCCCUGAUCCUGCUGCUGGUGUUAGCCUAUGCCCUGAACAUGCUCAUCUACCUACGGUAUCUUGACCGGCACUAUGAUCUCAUUGCCUCUCCUGCCCACUUCCCAAAGCUGAAAGCUCGAGACACCACCAAAGAGAAGGAACUGCUGAGGAGCCAGGAGGCUGAAUGCUACGAAUUGAGAAGCCAGCAGCUCAGCAAAACAUAUACUUAGCAGCACAGGCUGCCCCCUACCACAUCCACAGUGGGCUCCGAAAAUUGUUUCUGUUCUGUGCUAUUUGACUUGUGAAUUAAAGAUUUUCACCAAAUGUCUUGAUUACAGAAACAAACAAACAAAAAUAAAAAGGAAAUACAUAAUGAAUUGUUUUUGAGCCAUACUCUGGCCUACUUAGGUAGACUUGGCCAAUGAAAAAGGCAUCUCAGGGGUCCCACAGAGACAAAUAUGGCUGUUAGUUGCCUCAAAGUACCCCAAAAGCAAAGGAGUAUUUCAAGUAGGGAAA